UUAAAGUAAAAAACCAUGAAGUAUAUUCUUAUAAUUUUAACAGAAUUUUUGAUUUUAGUCGAUUCUGGAGUAAGAGAUUUCAAGUUUCGACCAAAUUUACCUCUAGGAGAUUAUCGAAUACAUUUUAUAGCUAUUAUACAAUGUAAUUCCAAUUCCACAAUUCAGCAUAAUUUUUUUUUGUAUAAGACAUCUAGAAAUACAACUGACUUAAGAGGAAAUAUAACAUCUUUAAGGGCGUUUGAUGAUUCUUUAAUAAUAAAUCUUAAAAUGGACAUAAAAGACAAAAUCGGUAACUGGCAAAGUAAUGCGUAUACAUAUAAAUCACCUCAGGCAUAUACAUGUAUUAAAAACUUUCUUGGAGGCGAGUUCCCAAAAUUUCUAAAUAAAUAUGGAAUCAAUGCAUCAAUAUAUAAUAUUAUACCACCGGGAAUAUAUACCACCAAAGGCUAUGACGUUUCAAACUAUCCAGAAAAUACAAAUUUUCCAAAACAGAUUUUUUAUGGAACUUACAAAUUUAAUAUUAUUUAUACGGAAAAAAAUGGUGAUAGAUGCGGAUGUUUCACAUUUGUUAUUGAAGUAAAACGUCCGUGGGAAAUUGAAUAAAUUUCUCAAUUCACGUGUGAUAUUUGUAAUAUGUUAAAAAUAUACAUUUUAGAUAUUAUUUAGGAUUUUUUUUAAAAAAAAAAACGUAGAAAGCUAUAAUUAUUAUAUUAAA